AUGGAUUUACUAGGUCCUUAUACGACGGCCCCAGGAGGACUGCGCUAUGUGAUAGUUGCUGUUGACUAUUUCACCAAAUGGUCCAUUGUCUUUGAUAAUGGGCCACAAUUCAAGACACCCAAGUUGGAAAGCUGGUUAGCUGAUCAUGGCGUCACGGCAUGCUUUGCAUCAGUUGGCCGUCCUCAAGCAAAUGGACAGGUAGAAGCAUUCAACAAAAUCAUCUCUGAAGGGAUGAAAAAGAAGCUAGAUGAAGUAAAAGGACUGUGGGCCGACGAGUUACCCAAUGUCUUAUGGUCUAUACGGACAACGGCAAAAAACUCCACAGGAGAAACACCAUUCUUAUUAGCAUAUGGAGCUGAAACCAUCCUACCUAUUGAAAUGUGUGAGCCAACUUUACGCGUCAUGUUGUUUGAUGAAAACUCCGAUUGGAAAUGA